AUGACGGCAGCAUCGCCAUCUGCAACAUCGCCAUCCAUGCCGGCCGGGAUGGUGGGAGCGGGGAUGGUGGGUCUGGCCGGCAUGACAGCUGGCAUGGGCUGGCAGCAGAACCCCAUGAUGACGUCAGCAGAGCAACCCAUGCUGACAUCAUCGGGCAACCUGGUGGCAACUGCCAUGAAGCUUCCUCCUCCGCCUCCUGCAUUUUUAGACGCCACCACGGGUCUGCAGCAGCGCAAUGGGGGGAUGAUGCUGCCUGAUGGAUCGAUGCAGUCAGCAGGGCACAUGGGGAUGAUGACGUCAGCAGGCCAACACAUGAUGACGUCACCUGCUCAUGCUCCUCCUAGACUCACUCAUACCCACUCACUCUCCCCCUCUCUCCCACUCUCCCCUUCACACCCUCUCCCGCCCUCACACCCUCUUUCCCCUUCACACUCUCUCUCCUCCUCUCACCCCGAUGCUCACACUCACUCACUAUCCCCACCGCACCCCCUCUCCACAUCACAGUACACCAUGAUGACGUCACCGUCUCACUCAAUGCUGACGUCAUCCGUGGCAGCAUCAGGCAUGGCUUACCCCUCAGCCAGCAUACCAUACGCAUCCACUGGUGCUGUACCAUCCAUGUCCAUGCCCUCUCAACAACCAUCUAUGGCUUCACAACAAGCCAUGCCAUCACAACAGCAAUCCAUGUCUAUACCCUCUCAACAGCUACCCUUGGUCUCACAGCAAUUCAUGCAACAGCAAACUCUAGGCAUGGCUGCUCCUCAACCCCAUCACACACUCUCAACCUUCCCCACACACUCUCUAACCAUCUCAAUCCCCUCAACCCCAUCACCCGCAUCACCCACAUCUCCCAAUUCUCCUUCUCCCUUCAAGGCGCCUCAUUCUCUCCAGACUCACCCCUCAGAGUCACUUCAGACUAUAAGCCCAUCCUUCCCACAGAUGAAUGUACAUGGGAGUAACGGUGUGCAUAUCGCCUCCUCCCCUCAGGGGAGUAACGGUGUGCAUAUCGCCUCCUCCCCUCAGGGGAGUAACGGUGUGCAUAUCGCCUCCUCCCCUCAGGGGAGUAAUGGUGUGCAUAUUGCCUCCUCCUCCCAUCCGUCCUCUCACCUUUCCUCCCAGCCUUCCUCCCCCAUGCAUGCACAUUCAGCUUCUAGCUCCCCCACCGCUUAUGGCACCAUGCAUGCACAUGCCAUCAAUAGCACCAUAGCCAGCGCAGGCAGCAGCAACAACAGGGCCUUUAACAGCAGCAUCCUGGCUAGCGCACCUAACAGUAUGCUGGUUAGUGCUCCCACCAGCAUGACCAUGCUGACGUCAGCGCACCAUGACAUGCCCGCGAUUAUGACGUCAUCGAUGCAGGUUCAGCAGGAUUCGGUGACGUCAGGAGGAUACGGGGGUGGGACGGUGGUGGCGGUGGGGGGUGGAGAGAGGGAGGGGCAGCAGCAGCAGAUUGUGCCUGUUGCUGAAAUGGGUGAGAAGCAGCAGCAGCAGCAGCAGCAGGGGAGGGGGAGGGCAGCAACCACAACCGUCACUAGUAUCAACCCAAUGAUCCCGCCUAGAAUAAUCGCUGCUAUUUACUCGAAAAUACCCGAGGGUAUUUCCCCUGAGCUGCAACAGCAGUGGGUGGAGCAGCAGCAGCAGUCUUACUUGCUGCACCAGCAGCAGAAGCAGCAGCGACGGCAGCAGCAGGAGGAGCAACGGCAGCAGCAGGAGAGGGAAAGGCAGUUACAGGAAGAAAUAAUGCAACAGCGGAGAGCAGAGGAGAGGGAGAGGGAGAGGGAGAGGGAAAUGGAGAGGGAAAGGGAGAGGGAGCGGGAGAGGGAAAUGGAGAGGGAGAGGAGGGAGAGGGAAAGGGAGAGGGAGCGGGAGAGAAGGGAGAGGGAGAGGGAGCGGGAAAGGGAGCAGGAGAGGGAGAGGGAGAGGGAGAGGGAGAUGGAAAGGGAGAGGAAGAGGGAAGCAGAGAGGGAGAGGGAGAGGUGGAGGAAGCAGAUGCAGGAGCAGAAGCCACUAGCAGUGGUGAUGCUGAUGCAGUCCAUGGGAGCACGCAAGAAGAACGAGGGCAGGGAAGGAGGAAGGGCGGGAGGAGGUGGGGGAGCAGCGAUGGGAGCAGACGGAUGGGAUGGAUCUCCUUCUGCCCGUCAACGUGGCCAGUUGCCUGCUGUGCAAGCCUCUGCGGCGCUCCCAGUCCCAGCCACUGGGGCAGCUCGAGGGAAGCGCAGCAGCCCAGGCAAUAGGGAUAUUGCGGACGUGGCAGGCAGGACAUGGCGGCACGCCCACCCCACACACACUGCUGCUGCUGCUGCUUCUGCUGCUGCUGCCACCAGUUCCCCCAUUCCCCUGUUCCUUGCCACUCAAGCCUCUGUGGCAGCCAUCGGGGGUGUGACCUGCAGGGGAGCACGGUUGGCGUUGGUGCGGAUGGGUGCAGCUAGGACCACUCGUGCAGGGACCUUGAGCGGGGCCUUGAGCAGCACCUCGCGCAGCACCUCAUGCAGACCACACCGCCACGAACGACGAGCUCAGCUCCGCCUUGCGCGGGCCUUGCGCGGGCCCUGCACCGCCAGCUCCGAUGGCUUUGAGAAGAGCUGCUGUCUGUCCACAGCGCGCACGGGGGGAACGAACGACGAGCUCAGCUCCGCCUUGCGCCACUCCGACACGCACGGGGGGAAGGACUGCUGGCUGUCCACAGCGCGCACGGGGGGAAGAGGGGGGAGGAGCGGGGGAGAGGAGCGGGGGAGGGAGGGGGGAGGGCGGGGAGGGACGGGAGGGAAGGAGGGGAGAGAGGGGGGAACGGAGGAAGUUGGGGAGAGAGAGGGGAGAGAGCGGGGAAUGGAGGUGCUUCAGCAGCCUCUCUCGGGGUUUCCCUGCCUGCCUCCCUCCCUCCCUCCCUCCCUCCCUCCCUCCCUCCCUCCCUCCCUCCCUCCCUCCCUCCCUCCCUCCCUCCCUCCCUCCCUCCCUCCCUCUCUCCCUUUCGCGGACACUGGUUUCCCUCCCUCUCCCUCCAUCCUUUCAGCAGCAUCUUUCAGGAUUUCUUCGCCUUCCCCCUCCCUUCAUCCUUUCAGCAGCAUCUUUCAGGGUCCCUCCCGCCCCUUCUUUCUCCCUCCCUCCUUUCAGCAGCAUCUUUCGGGGUCUCUCCCGCCCCUUCUUCCUCCCUUCAUCCUUUCAGCAGCAUCUUUCAGGGUCUCUCCCGCCCCUUCUUCCUCCCUUCAUCCUUUCAGCAGCAUCUUUCAGGGUCUCUCCCGCCCCUUCUUCCUCCCUCCCUCCUUUCAGCAGCAUCUUUCAGGGUCUCUCCCGCCCCGUCUUCCUCCCUCCCUCUUUUCAGCAGCAUCUUUCAGGGUUUCCCCGCCUUCCCUCCCUCCCUCACCCCUUUCAGCAGCAUCCUUUAAAGUUUCCCCCGCCUUCCCCCGUUCUUCCUUCCCUUCCACCACAUCUUUUGAUCACGCUGAGGAGAGUGUAUGUGGUUAUGCUACUUUCUAG